CUCAUUAGCUUUAAUGCAAAAGGGGGGGGAUAAAUAAAGUCAGAGUAUUUCAUAUAGGCGGGACGCGGGUGGCACUGUGGGUUAAACCACAGAGCCUAGGGCUUGCCGAUCAGAAGGUCGGCGGUUCGAAUCCCCGCGACGGGGUGAGCUCCCGUUGCUCGGUCCCUGCUCCUGCCAACCUAGCAGUUUGAAAGUGCAUCAAAGUGCAAGUAGAUAAGUAGGUACCACUCUGCCAGGAAGGUAAACGGCGUUUCCGUGCGCUGCUCUGGUUCGCCAGAAGUGGCUUAGUCCUGCUGGCCACAUGACCCAGAAGCUGUACGCCAGCUCCCUCGGCCAAUAAAGCAAGAUGAGCGCCGCAACCCCAGAGUCGGUCACGACUGGACCUAAUGGUCAGGGGUCCCCUUUACCUUUACCUAUUUCAUAUAGGCAGCAUGAGGAGGAAGAUGCUGAAGGGAUGUAAAACUGAUUUCCUCAGUAAGAAAGAAGACUUCAUUGCAAAGCAUAUGCCAUGCAGAGGAUGUUAUUGUACUGAGAUGUGAAUCAGCUGUUCUGCUCAAGCUCUGUUAAACAGCGCAGCAUCGAUGACAGUUAAAAUAAAUAUUGUGGAAGGGCAACAUUCUGUAAAUUGAACCAUGCUGCCGAGUGCACCAGUUUUAUUUUUAACAACUGAGGCCACUUGUGUGCAUUUCAGGGUUUUUUUUACCUCCCCUGCCUCCUCAGAUUUCCUCCUCCUUCGUUCUGCUGCUCCCACCCAUCUCUGCUCCACCUCAUUUCAACUCAGCCUGAAAAACCCAAGAGACCAUUUAUUUGGGGUACAGGAAAAAAAGAGACUGCGUGCUGAGGGUAAGGCUUUAAAACGAAAACCUGUUUUGGAAUCAAAGCUGAAAGGGAUACCAAAGGCAGCCAACUGCAGCUAUGGGCAGGAAGCACCGAGCUUCCUCUGGACUCCACAAGCACUGUGAGAAGUGUUUCAACCGGCACUGCCAAGCGCCAGUCGAGCCCACAGUCUCUUGUGUGGUGAUCAGCUGCCGGUCUCACUGCGGCGCUGCUUUCCAUAUGUGUAAAGAGGACGAGCACCAACUCCUGUGUCCGCUAGAGCAAGUCUCGUGCCUCAACUCUGUUUAUGGCUGCCCUUUCACCAUGGCCCGCUUCAAAGUGGCCAAACACCUCAGAGUCUGCCCCGCCAGUAUCGUCUCCUGUUCGAUGGAUUGGAAUCGUUGGCCAAACGUGGAUUCUGAGACCGUUCUGCACCAGAACAUUAUGAAAGAGGAGCCCGGUGAGGCCUGCUUAGAUGCGGCCCUCGCCUUGAGAGAUCAGAAAGCUCUUUUUAAGACACUCAGAAUGGCUGAGUUUUUCCCAGAAUGCACGGAGGCCUGUCCCACAGAUGACGAAGGAACGGAUGGUGCUGAGUCCUACCUAGGAGAAGGAGCUGGUCGGUCCGAAGCAACUCUGGCUGAGGCAGCCGGGCUCAGCCAGGAAGAGCGUGAGAACCUUGCAAAGGACAAAGAAGGGGUCGAUUUAGUUGGUUACAAAACCUGGGAAAACAUCUUCAGUAAAGAAUUCAAAGCGUGCACAGUAACAGGCCAACUGGCCGAAAACAAGGAAAGUGGAACGGACAGUAAGCCCCUGAAAACAGGACCAACUUCUAGUGGCAAUGAGAAAGGAAAGCCGCCGGAAGAAGGUAGCAGUGUGGGAGACAGUGGGAAAAACCAAGCCCCUCCUGAAGUGAAUUUAGCAGCUGAAAAGACAGGUUUGGCUCCUUGGCAAGAUGGCGUUUUGGAGAGGUUAAAAAAAGAGGUUCCUAUAGGGGAUUAUAAUAUGUACCUGGUGCACCAUGGAAGGAUGCUAAUUCAUUUUGGUCAGAUGGCUGCUUGCACUCCCAGGGAGAAAGACUUUGUAUAUGGAAACCUGGAGGUUCAGGAAGUGAAGACUGUAACCACCUUCAGAGUGCCAGUCAGCUAUUGUGGCAAAAGAGCUCGCCUUGGGGACGUCGUGGCGCACAGGAAGCCCACGAAGAGCGUAUCUGUGGAUACUUCAGAGUUAGGAGUAAGCCUGGAGGCUCUUCCUAAAUCCGAUGCAAUCAAAACUACACUGCUGUGUGCCUUGGAGAAGGAACUGAAAGGGCACGAAAUCUCUGAAUCAAAGAGCAUCGAUGCUCUCUUCAUAGAUUUUGGGACGCAAACGUACAACUUUGCUACGGAGCCUUUCGCUUCCACGGCCGUCCUAGCAGACACACUAGAUGCCGAAGACCCACCCAGUCUCCACAUGCAGCUCAGCAGCGAGAGUGUAACCCAAAGGCACAACAAAAGCAACUCUGCUUUCACAUUCUCCUGCAGCCACGUUUUCAGGAGAGACGAGUUUCCUUCGCAUUUCAAGAACGUUCACGCUGACAUCCAGUCCUGCUUGAAUGGAUGGUUCCAGCGCCGUUGCCCACUCGCCUACCUGGGCUGCACUUUUGUUCAAUAUCCCUGGCGCCCCGCUGGGCAAAGCUCAAGUGUCAUCUACAGCCAGCACCUCAAGACAUUUGCCCUUAAGCCAGAGGUUGACCCCGUGCUCUCGGAAGCAAAGAAAUUUAACUUGAGCAGAAAUCGCAGGGGGAAAGAAAUGGAUGUUCUGAGCAGCCUUCCCCUGGAGAUCCUGAAGUACAUUGCUGAGUUUCUGGAUAGCUACAGCUUGUCUCAGUUGGCUCAGGUGUCGGUGCAGAUGAGGGACAUCUGUGCUACUCUGCUGCAUGAGAGAGGAAUGGUCCUUCUGUCGUGGGAAAAGAAGAGAUAUUCUCACGGGGGCACUUCUUGGAGAGUCCGCAAAAAGAUCUGGAAAUUUAGCAGCCUGUUCUCCACAGUGAAUAGCUGGCAAUUCAGUGACAUCCCUUCAAUGGCUGCACAUUUAAAGACCUGUCCUUUUUAUGAGGUGGAGAGCAAGGAGGAUCCGGUUUUGCUGCCUAGACUGUUUUCACCUGAAGAACAGAAGCAAGACACUUUGGUCUCCACAGUCAAACACAGCCUAAAGAAACUUCAGAGAAGACCGAAUUGAUUUUGAGAGAAAGAUUCUUUUGGAUCUGGAACAACUGUAUCAGAACUUUAGCUGUUCUCUCUGAAAUGGAUUUCAUAUUCUUUAUUAGUAUGUCAACUGGGGAAAAAUAAACUUAGCUGUAUGCUUUCAGGAUAGAAUGAAACAGAGGGUGCAAUCCAGAAUCUUUCAAAUAAAUGGGAACUUUACUCCUGACUUCAACAGAGUGGUGAUUUUUAAAAGAACUCAAGAUAUUUUCGUUUCAACCAGCUUUUUAUUCAUUGUUGUGUCUUGCUGAAAUCUUACUGCUUGUUUUAAAGGGUAGAAGGUGGAUUUUAACCUAAUGGUUUUGAAUGCUCCCUUACAAGGGCAAAUGCCUUGAAAGAUGUCUUAAAAAUGUUUUAAUGAAUUAAUGAAAAAUAGAAUUGCACCCAAAGUCUUAAGGACUGUGACCAGCAGCAUGAAGAACAGUGAUGAAUAAUAUCUAUACAUAUCUGUUGCA